AUGGCUUUAGUGAUCUCGCAAGUCGACCGCGACGAGAAGAGAUCCAUUGAAAAAGAUAACGACGUCGUACUCGUUGAGAGCCCCUUGCGCGGAGUCUCGGAAGUUUUGAAUGACAAGGCGAAGAUCAAGAAGGCCGGUGAUGUGGAUUAUGCCGCGGCCGUGAAGACGGGACGCAUUGACCCGUUGACGCGGUCUGCGUUCGUGUUAUACGCUUGCGCCGCGGCGGCGUUCUUGUGUUCGUGUGGAAAUGGGUACGACGGGUCGUUGAUGACUGGUAUCAACGGGAUGCCUUACUACCAGAACAAAUUCAAUCAAGGCACACUUGAUGUCUCCACUGGUCUCAUCUUCUCCAUCUACACGGUUGGGCAAAUGGCCGGAUCGCUGUUUGCAGGACAUAUAUGUGACCGUUGGGGACGUCGUGCGGGAUGUGCAAUCAUAAUGAUCGGGUCUGCCAUCAUCGCUUCAUCCGAGGUCAAACGUCAGUUCGUCGCGGGUCGGUUCGUGCUUGGCUUCGGGAUCGCGAUUGCGACAAUCGGUGCACCGACGUACACAGUCGAAGUCGCGCCCCCUCAAUGGCGAGGCCGUUUGACGUCCCUUUACAACACUGGGUGGAAUGGAGGCGCCAUUCCUGCUGCGGCGAUCACGUUGGGGACGUCUCGGAUGCUGUCGGAUUGGAGUUGGCGGAUCCCAUUGAUCAUCCAAGCCUUCCCUGCAAUGUUGGUUGUGCUUACCAUCUGGUUCUUGCCGGAAAGUCCUAGAUGGCUCAUGGCGCACGGGCGCACGGAAGAAGCUUUCGAAUUUCUGAUCAAAUAUCACGGCAAUGGCGAUCGAGAGCAUCCUAUUGUCCAACUCCAGAUGCGGGAGUUCACAGAGGGCAUCCGCACGGACGGGUCUGAUAAGCGGUGGUGGGAUUUCAAGUACGUCACGUUGUAUUCCCACAAGCACACGUAUCCGCGUGCUAAGCAGUGGUGGGUUUUUAGGGCCUUGUUUGUGACUAGCAACGCGCGGUGGAGAAUUUUGAUGGUCUUCCUCAUGGGCUUCUUCGGACAAAUGAGCGGGAACGGUCUAGGAUACUUCAAUCUGUCGAUAUACGAGAGUCUAGGGUUUGGCAAACAAAUGCAAUUCAACAUGAAUCUCAUUUCGACGUGCGCCAACGCACUCGUCGCCUGGAUUGCCGUCUCGCUCGAGGAUCGGAUGCCGCGGCGCAAGGUGCUCGUGGCGGGAACGUUCGCGUGCGCUGUUAUGCUGGCGCUCAACGCCGCAUUCAGCGCCAGAUGGGCGGCAUACACGGCGGGGGAGCAGAAUCUGGCGAUCGGCGACGCGGGGAUCGCGUUCUACUUCCUAUUCGGGGUCGUGUACGCGUUCACCUACACGCCGCUUCAGUCGCUGUACCCCGCCGAAUGCCUGGAGACGACGACGCGCGCGAAGGGCGUGUCUUUCAAGAUCUUCAUUAUCGGCUGCACGUCGUUCAUCAACCUGUUCUGCACGCCCAUCGCGUACGGCCGCAUCGGGUGGAAAUAUAUGUUGGUGUUCGUCGGCUGGGAUACCUUCGAAACCGCGGUGUGGUAUUUCUUCUGCGUGGAAACGCAGGUGCGUGCGCCAUCGCGCCUGCUCACGCUGAUGUCUGACUCGCCCGUCCACGACAGGGACGCACGCUGGAGGUACGCCGUCGACUCGCCGCUCGCACGCGCGAGGGGCACGCUCACCGACGUUCCUUUGUCUUUUGCUCCGUCUUUGGCCGUGCGGCGCGGCGCGCAGGAGCUGGACGCGAUCUUUUCCGCGCCGGACCCGGUCGGCGCGUCGAAGCGGAAGCGCAGGGCGAGUACCCACGCGUCUCUGAACCGUAGACCAGUGGCGGUCGCGGAUGCGGAGGAGGACACGGGCGCCGGCGCCAACGGCAGCGCGUAG